UUAUCAUCUUGAUGAAGGACUUAAGUGUUGAGUUAAGGUAAGGUUAACCCUGCCUGAUUUAAAUGUUUUAAAAUGAUUAACAGUUGAAAAUUGUUAGAAAUUUAGUUUAAUGAAGUAUUUGAAAUAGUUACACUACUUUUAAAUAGGGUAACCUAUUACAUUUCCAAAGUAACCUUCCCAACACUGAGCAUAGCAUGGUAACAACAUUAUAAGUUUGAGUCUUUAGAGUCUGAAUCAGAAUAUGAAGCUCAAUUUGCUUAAAAUAGCUGAAAAUAAUCGAAAACAGUGUCAACAGCGAUUUAUUUGCACGAGUUUGAUUAUUUUUAAUCGUAUGCCCCUCCAUUUUUAAAUCAUUUUUUAGUUCCUGUGUGUGAUUGUCAUGUGUCCCUGUCUGCAGCAGCUCAGAGAGGAAGAGCGGAACCCGCUCCCCAAAUACAGUCUACGUGUAGGCUAGAGGAAAUAACAGACGGGAUUUUUGUAAUAAUCGACGUAUCUCGUUCGUUUAAAAGGGCAUGUUUACAGCAACCUCAACAUUUUGCCUUUUUACACACGAAAAAUGAUGCUGAAGCUGGAUUGAGUCGCUGCCUCGGUCGAAGGAGCUGUCCACCAUGAGGUGCUGAUCGGCGGCCUGGCAGAACGAUGGCGACGGGGAAGUGGCUUCUGUACACGGGUCUCUGUCUGUCUCUCGUCGCCUUGUGUUUCCUGACCGUCGCAAUCUCAUCGGAUCACUGGUACGAAACGGACGCGAGGAGAUACAAGGAACGUUGCCGAACUUUCUCGAACCGCAGGAGCGAUCCGGGUUUCAUUUACAUCCCCAACCACAGCCUUCCACUGCGAGCCAGCCGAGCGAGCCUCGACCGAUGGGAAGACCGACUGCUGCUGAAUAGAAACCGGCGUCAGCUGUUCGCGAUGAGCGCGGCGGAUGAGUGCAGCAGACGCUACAAUUCAACCAAUAUGGGGCUUUGGAGCAAAUGCUACAGGGUGGGAUUUGACCCAGACAUCGAAGAGCUCAUCCAGAAAGGAACUAUCGAGCGUUGCUCCUUUAUAAAGUACUAUUACUCUUCCUCGGCAGUGACGCGAAAGGACCUUUCCUAUAAUAUCACCAAGACUAUCCAGCAAGAUGAUUGGCAUGCCCUGCAUUUGCGUCGGAUGACAGCUGGCUUUAUGGGCAUGGCUCUAUCCAUCAUUCUAUUUGGCUGGACCAUUGGUGUUUUGGGCUGUUGCUGGGAGCAAGGCCUCAUGCAUUACGUCGCCGGUCUACUCUUCCUCAUGGGAGGUACCUUCUGCAUCAUCUCUCUUUGCACCUGUGUGGCCGGCAUCAACUUCGAACUCUCUCGCUACCCACGUUAUCUCUUCAGCCUCCCGGAUGAUAUAAGCCACGGUUACGGCUGGUCCAUGUUCAGUGCCUGGGGAGGACUAGGACUGACCCUCAUAGCUGGGUUCUUCUGCACCCUGGCACCAUCAAUUCAGCCUCCCCCACCAUCCCGUACCUCCUGUCCUAAGUCUCGCAUGGAGAACGGAACUGUGUGCUAAAGCUUCACAUGACACUUUGUACAUUGACAUAAACUUGUUCAUAGACUUCGUCAUGGGUAUUAAAAGAUAUUGAAAGACAUUUUGUGCUGGAAGGUGACAAACCAUUGCUGUGGAGACUCAAAAAGAAGAAUCUGUUAUAAAAGCACAUUUGUACAGUUGUAUAAAAGCUUUCAUCCCGACAUGAGUUCAGCAUGUCCUUGGUGAAGCGGUUCUUGGUGUUUGUCUUUGUGUUCAGUAGACCAUGUUUGAAUUUCAAAAUGAGCUAACAGUUUCCAAGACCUUUCCGAUGUAUAAUUACCAUGAAUUUCAUUAUGUGCUGUAGUUGUUUUCAAUGUCAAUAAUUUCUUCAUUGGACAAUAAAAUGCCUCGUAUAAAAAAAAAAAAAAUAACAAACAUACUUUUUCUACUCAAGCUCUGAAAAAAAGAGAAUCAAACAGAGGCACUGAAUACUCAAUUUUAUUUAAGAUUUCACUGUUCCAGACCAGCAGAAAAGGGGUCAAUUCUUCUCUUUUAGCGCUUUAUUUUGUAUUAAAUGAUCUCAGCAGCAUGUUAAACCCAAA